AUGAAAAUACCUCCUUUUCAUGGCAAGGAGGAUGUCGAAGCCUAUAUUGAAUGGGAGAGGCAGAUUGAGAUGAUUUUUGAGUUCCAUAAUUAUAGUAAGGAGAAGAAAGUUAAGUUGGCAGCAGUUGAGUUCAAAGAUUAUGCAUUGGUUUGGUGGGAUCAAUUACUUGCAAGGAGGAGAAGACAUGGCUUGAGGGGUGUUACUACUUGGGCCGAAAUGAAAGAGAUCUUGAGGGAAAGAGCUGAAGUAGAGGAGGAUGAAGAGGCUACCAUGGUUCAGUUCUUGAAUGGAUUGAAUCCCGACAUUUCUUACAUAGUUGACUUACAAAAUUGUAGAACGGUAGAGCAAAUGAUGCAAAUAGCCAUCAAAACAGAAAAGGAGAUGAAGAGGAAGGGGGCUACCAAAAGUAAAUGGAACACUCAAUCAUCAUACAAUUCGGCUUCCAAUGCACCAUGGAAAUCGAAUUGGAGUGGAACACCUAAAGUGGAAAAAGAUGUGCCAAAAGUGAAGAAGAAGGAGUGGAAAGGAAAAGGGAAGAUGGAAGAAAAAGUAGAAGAGAAAAAUAAGAAGGUGGAAAAUAGAGCAAGGGAUGUGAAGUGCUUCAAGUGUUUGGGAAUGAGGCAUUAUUCUAAUGAGUGUCCAAACAGAAGAGUGAUGUUUAUUAGAGAAGAUGGACAAUGGGAGAGUGGUGAAGAAAAGGCCAAAGAGAGUGCUAGUGAUGAUGAGUAUCUUGAUGAGGGAGAGCAAGCUCCCAUUGAUGGUAAUGUCCUUGUCACUAUGCACACCUUGAGUGCACAAUUCAGUUUGAGUGAUAGAGAUGAGGUGCAAAAGGACAAUAUUUUCCAUACUGGAUGUUUGGUGAAUGAAAAACUAUGUAGUGUGAUUGUGGAUAGUGGUAGUUGCUGCAAUGUUGCUAGUAGCUUAUUGGUUGAGAAAUUGGGGUUGCCUACCACUUUGCAUCCAAAGCCAUAUAGUCUCCAAUGGCUUAAUAAUUGUGGGAAAUUGAGAGUUACCAAACAGGUUGCAGUGUCUUUUAGCAUUAGGAAGUACCAUGUUGAGGUAGUUUGUGAUGUGGUGCCUAUGGUAGCUACCCAUUUGUUGUUGGGCCAUCCAUGGCAAUUUGAUAGAAGUGUGGUUCAUGAUGGGAAAAAGAACAAGUAUACAGUUUUGAAAGAUGGUCGAACCUAUACCUUGCUUCCUAUGUCACCAUCUCAAGUGCAUGAAGACCAAGUGAGGAUCUUAAAAUCAGUUGAGGAAAAGAAAGAUUGGAGAGAAAAUUUGAGAGAGGCCGAGCUUGAUGAGAGGAAAAAUGAGAGGAGAGUGAGAGCAAAAGAAGUAAAAGAAAAAGAAAAAGAAAAGAGUGAGGGCUUAGAGCAAAAGGAGAGUAAAGAGAAGAAAAUGAGUUUGUAUGUGAGAGGAAAAAAAGUGAGGGAAGCCUUACAAGGGAGGAGACCUCUUUGUGUGCUUAUGUACUGGGAGGUGAAUUUAUGUUUAGCUAACAUUGACCAAAACUUGCCUAGUGGUGCUGUUUCUUUGUUGCAGGAAUUUGAGGAUGUACCAGCAUAUAGGAGUAAUUCUAAGGAGACAAAAGAACUACAAAUGCAAGUGGAGGAACUUUUAGCAAAAGGUUUUGUGUGUGAAAGUAUGAGUCCAUGUGCGGUUCCAGUGCUCCUUGUACCAAAGAAGGAUGGGACAUUCAGAAUGUGUGUAGAUUUUCGUGCUAUCAACAAAAUCACGGUAAAGUAUCGACAUCCCAUUACUCGAUUGGAUGAUAUGCUUGAUGAGUUGUUUGGUGCAUGUGUGUUUACAAAGAUUGACUUGAAAAGCGGUUACCAUUAG